AAAGAUAGUACUAUUAGACCGAUGGCCACUCCUAGGUAAAAUAAAUAAAUAAAAAAACAGCCUCCUGUCCAGGGCGGGCACGGCUGGCUCAGCGGUCGGGCACGGUCCCCCAAUGCCACCGGGUCUGCCUCAAUCCCUCCCAGAGACAAGCUUCUGAUGGAACUGAACUUUGAAUGAACUAUCUUCUAAUCCACAGGAGCCCAGUGACUCUUUACUGUUCCAGAUCAUGGCUGAUGAACCUUUGGUAAAUACAAAAAUUAAGAAUUGGAUUUCCAUUAUCAGAUUUGAGGGGGGAUGUUGUGCAAUCAAGCCAUGGGGGUAAAAUUAGACUAAAGUUUAAAGCUGCUAAAAUGUCUUUUACAGGCCCUCAGGGGACUGUUCUCACAGCAGGAGGACACUGUAUAAAACGCCCAGGCCACGGACAAACGCUCUCUUUUGCCAGAUGCUUAGCAGCAUUGGGAGAACACUUUGAGUUCUGCACAGAAAAAGGAGGAAGAACCUCACCACUUUCUGAACUUCCUCUGAGCUGCAGUUCUGUCGUCUUCUCCUCUCAGCUUUUUUAAACUCUCUGAGCCUGAGUCCGGACCGGUGGAUAGAAUUGACAUCUCCACCCGUAGUUCUGAGCAUCAAACAUGGUGAGAUUUGAAGGGGAACAUCAGAUCUCAGUGGAACAUGAAGAAUCUGCAUCUUCAGCAAAGAAUGAGGCUAUAAAGAAGAUUCCAGGAAGAAAUGCCUUCAGGCUGAUUCUCCUGAGCUUCGGGCUUCUCUGCAUCCUUCAAGUUGCUCUCAACAUUUCACUGCGUCUGACCUUCUGGCCCAAUUCCUUUAAAGAACCAUUUGCAACAUUUUGUCCAAGUGUGUACUACAUUUCUUAUGGCACGAAAACAUGGUGGGAUAGUAGAAGAUAUUGCCAGGAACGAGGUGCAGAUCUGGUGAUCGUCAACAGCAGAGAAGAGCAGAACAUCCUGAGACGGUUCAGACAGAGGCUUUGGAUCGGACUGACUGAUGCUCGAGAAGAAGGAGUAUGGGAAUGGGUCGACGGGACUCAGCUGAACACAAGUUACUGGCGUCCUGGUGAGCCGAACAGUAUUAAAGGUCUCGAAGACUGUGGAGAAAUUGGGUCCUCUGGCUCAGAAAAUAACUGGAACGACAUAUCCUGUAAUUUCAAAAACUACUGGAUCUGUGAAAGAAAGCUGCAGUGAACAUGAUGAAGAUGGAAAGCAGCAGGAAGUUCCUCACCUGUCUCUGAUCUCAGCUGAAUCCCUCUCUGCACCAGACGCAUCACUGUAAUAAUCUGCUGCAAUAAUCUCUGAGCAGGUUUCUGUUCUGGCUUUAGGCUCGUUUGUUACGUUUUAACCUUAUGAAACUUUUAAAGCUUUAAAACUGCUUGAUCUGUGCUUAUCCUCUCUGGAAAUCCUCCUUUAUGACAAAAAUCACAUGUGGGGUUCCCCAAGGGUCCAUCCUGGGUC